ACAACCGCUUCCUUGGGUUUCUUUUCGGAGGUAGGGUUUUAGAUAGGGUCGGAGGAGGAGGAAGCCGGCGAUGGGGACGCCGGAGACGUCGCGGGAGCCGUGCCCGGAUCGGAUACUGGACGACGUGGGCGGAGCGUUCGCGAUGGGCGCCGUGGGGGGCUCUGUCUUCCACUUCAUCAAAGGCCUCUACAACUUCCCGAACGGCGAGCGCCUGGCCGGCGGCUCCCAGGCCGUCCGCAUGAACGCCCCCCGCGUCGGUGGAAGCUUCGCCGUCUGGGGCGGCCUCUUCUCUGCCUUCGACUGCUCCAUGGUCUACCUCCGUCAGAAGGAGGACCCCUGGAAUUCCAUUCUCGCCGGCGCCGCUACCGGAGGCUUCCUCCAGAUGCGCCAGGGUCCCGGCUCCGCCGCUCGUUCCGCUCUCUUUGGCGGCAUCCUCCUGGCCCUCAUUGAGGGCGCCGGGAUCAUGCUCAACCGCGUUCUAAGCGCUCCCCAGAACCUGCCCCCCGUGUUGGAGGACCCCAAUGCCCCAGUCGUCCCGCCCAAUAUCACCGCCGCGGCCUCUGCUUCCACUCUGGGGUUCCAGCAGACGGCUUACCGAGCAGAGCCCCUCGGCACGACGUCUUCUUCUUCUUCUACUUUGUCAUCGUCAUCAUCUUCUUCAUCUUGGUUCGGGGGGAUCUUUGGUGGUGGGAAGAAACAACAAGAGAAUGAGGCAAAGAGCGAAAGUGGUGGCAGCAAGACGGAGGUGUUGGAGAGCUUUGAUAAACCUAGCACACCUAUUCCGAACUUCGACUAUAAGUAGAUGAAGCUAGGGAGGAUUUUGCAGGAAACAGGGGAUCUGAUCAUGGAUAAGCUGUGAGUAUUAAUAAUUUGGCACCUGAAGGCGACAGCACUAGAGCAGUAACUUGCAUCUUUGUAUUUGAAGUCUUCACAAACACAAAACUGGCAACAGCCUGCUACUCAGCUUGAACACUACCUGCCCUACAAGAUGGCUGAACAUUAUCAUCCUAGUUAGCUAAUGUUUUAUAUGCUAAAAUGACAGUUGGGCCAUUUUGUGAGGAUUCUAAAAUAUGUUUUUAUAUGUAUUAUAUGAAGCCAUGGGAAAACUCAGCUGAGUGUGUUUGUAUGUAUAUAUGCUCCCUUUCUGUGGCUCAA